CAUCGUUUCAGCACGAAGAUAAGGAUUUAAAGCCUCGCCAUUCAUUUCCCUCCUUCCACUUCCACACUUUAUCGUCAACACCCAUUCCCAGUUGCACCAUAAAGACUCCGUUUUUACAAUUUCUUGUGUUUCUGAACUUCAGGGACCCAACUUUCUGUGAAAAUUUUUAUUGGCCCUUUGAAGCUUCUUAGGUAACGCAAUAUGAACAGAUUUUGAUAUAUAUAUACUAAGUUCUACAAUUUAAGCCAACAUGAAUUCUGUAAUCCCAUGCUCUGUUGGCAAUCUUUCGCUAGUUCCUGGAAUUGCCUUUUCGACAAGGAAGAGUAAUUCUUCAACCAGGCUCAGUUUGCCAAGGAGUUCCGUAAAACAAGGAUCAUCAACUUGGAGAUAUCACUUACCCUCAUUUGUUGCCAGUGGAGUAUUUUCACAUAACACAAGGAGAUGCAGUUUUCAUAAAAAAUCUAGAACUUCCAUAUCAGCCACGGAAACAGAUGUAGCAGUAGAGGAACCAGGUUCAACUGUGACGGAUGAAGUUUCUGAUGGAACUCCUCCUGAUGAAGUUGGAACAACUGAAGAUUCAUCUUCUAAGACUGAUGCCAAUCCUGCUUCAGCUAAAUCCAGACGUUCAAGACCCCCAAGGAAAAGUGAGAUGCCUCCGGUAAAGAAUGAGGAUUUAAUUCCCGGGGCAACUUUUACCGGGAAAGUAAAAUCUAUCCAGCCAUUUGGUGCCUUUGUUGAUUUUGGGGCUUUCACAGAUGGGCUUGUUCAUGUUUCUAUGUUAAGUGAUAGCUUCGUUAAGGAUGUUAAUAGUGUUGUUUCUGUAGGACAAGAAGUGAAGGUGAAGCUUGUUGAAGUGAACUCCGAAACUCAGCGUAUUUCUCUCUCUAUGCGUGAAAAUUCUGCCCCUAGUAAGCAACGCAAAGAUCCACCAACUAAUACUACCAAUAAACCUGAACCUGGGAAGAGGAGCACUCCAAAACCAAGUCAGAAGAGAGAUGCUGCGAGGAAAAGCACAAAAUUCGUCAAAGGGCAGGAUUUGCAAGGUACAGUGAAGAAUUUGACAAGGAGUGGUGCUUUUAUAUCUCUUCCUGAAGGGGAGGAAGGAUUUCUACCCAUAUCUGAGGAAUUGGAUGAAAUUGGGAGUGCUAUGGGAACCACAUCACUGGAGGUUGGUCAAGAAGUCGAUGUACGUGUUUUGCGUACAAAUAGAGGACAAGUAACAUUGACUAUGAAGAAAGAGGAAGAUGUUAUAGAGUCAGACUCACUUAUUGGCCAAGGGAUUACACACACUGCAACAAAUCCUUUUGCUUUGGCUUUUCGUAAGAAUAAGGAUAUUGCUGCAUUUUUGGAUGAGAGGGACAAAAGUCAAAAUGAAGACGAGGAACCAGAAACUAAAAGCACUCCACAAGAAAUCGAGGGAGCUGUCGAGCAGGGGGAAACUGUGUCGGAUGUUUCUGAUGUGCAGGUCGAACCAGAAACUGCAGAUAAGUUGACAGAAGAUGUUCCUGCUGCAGCAAAACUUGCUGAAGAUGAUGUUUCUGAAAGUGAGAAAGACGUUAAUGAAGUUGAGGUACCAGAAAUUACAAGCACUCUGCAAGAACUCGAGGGAGCUGUUGAGCAGCGGGAAACUGCGUCAGAUGUUUCUGAUGUGCAGGUCGAACCAGAAAGUGCAGAUAAGUUGACAGAAGAUGUUCCUGCUGCAGAAAAACUUGCUGAAGAUGAUGUUUCUGAACGUGAGAAAGACGUAGAAGCCAGUGCAAAGAAUGGUUCCUCAACAGCUGUAGUGGAUGAUGAAAGCAAUGUCUCAAUCUCAGCUUCAGUUAUCGAUGAAGCUAUCCAGGCAGAUGACACAGAAAACAACGUAAAAGAUGAUUCAUCCAUUGACAUUGUUAAUAAGAACAUUGUAGAAAGUGGAGUUGAUCUUGCAGAAGAGGAAAAAGAGUCACAAAGUUCUAAUGAAAAGGAAGAAGUUGCUGCUUCAGCAUCAACCGACAGUGAUGUAUCAAGUACACCAGUUUUCCAAGAAAGUUCAGAUGGAACAGAAGAAAAUGACCGAAUUCCCUCUCCUGAAAGUCCUGCCACUGAGGUUGUGGAAAACCUCAUUGAUGAACCUAAAGAAGAUGUGCAAGAGCAAAUCUCUGCCACAGAGAAUGGAACUGUUCCCGAGAACAAAGACGUUGAUACUGUUUUGAUUGGACAAAAUGGCGAGUUGUCUCCUGAGGACAGCUCGAAUACAGAUGGAACUGAAGAAAAAGAUCAAGUUCCCUCUCCUGAAAGUCCUGUCACUGAAGUUGUGAAGGCUUCCAUCGAUGCAGAAGUUGAAGAUACAGAAGUUGCAAUCGCAUCUGAGCAAAGCAGCACCUUUUCUAAUUCUAAUGGACAAGAUGGCGCUAAUGUUUCAGAUCAAUCCUCAACUAAAGCAACUAUAUCUCCGGCACUUGUGAAGCAACUUCGAGAAGAAACAGGAGCUGGAAUGAUGGACUGCAAAAAGGCUCUUUCCGAGACUGGAGGGGACAUUAUUAAAGCACAAGAGUAUCUUCGAAAGAAGGGGUUAUCAAGCGCAGAAAAGAAAGCAAGCAGAGUAACCGCCGAAGGAAGAAUAGGCUCUUACAUUCAUGACAGCCGAAUUGGUAUCUUGGUAGAGGUAAACUGUGAGACAGAUUUUGUCUCCCGAGGCGAAAUUUUCAAAGAGCUGGUUGAUGACAUAGCCAUGCAAGUAGCUGCGUGUCCUCAAGUUGAGUAUCUUGUAACCGAAGAUGUUCCUGAGGAAAUUGUGAACAAAGAAAAGGAGAUAGAAAUGCAGAAAGAGGAUCUCUUGUCAAGACCAGAGCAGAUAAGAUCGAAGAUUGUUGAAGGGCGUAUAAGAAAAAGACUUGAGGAGCUGUCAUUGCUUGAGCAGCCCUACAUUAAAAAUGAUAAACUUGUAGUAAAGGACUGGAUCAAGCAGACUAUUGCAACUAUUGGAGAAAACAUCAAAGUUAAGAGGUUUGUGAGGUUCAACCUCGGAGAGGGUUUGGAGAAGAAAAGCCAGGAUUUUGCUGCCGAAGUGGCUGCACAAACUGCGGCAAAAGAAGCUCCUACACCAGCCAAAGAGCAACCAGCUGCCGUGGAAGCCAAGGAGACUGAACAAAAGCAAUCAACAGUUGCAGUCUCUGCUGCGGAGGGGAUCUUGAAAAGGCCCAAGAAUACCUCAGGAAGAAGGGUCUCUCAACAGCCGACAAGAAAUCCAGCAGGCUAGCAGCCGAAGGCAGAAUCAGUUCGUACAUUCACGACUCGCGCAUUGGGGUACUAGUUGAAGUGAACUGUGAAACUGACUUUGUUGGUAGAAGUGAGAAAUUCAAGGAGUUGGUUGAUGAUCUUGCGAUGCAAAUCGUGGCCUGCCCACAGGUGCAGUAUGUAUCCAUUGAAGAUAUUCCGGAGGAAAUUGUGAAAAAGGAAAAGGAGAUUGAGAUGCAGAGAGAGGACCUAGCUUCAAAACCAGAGAACAUCAGAGAGAAAAUCGUCGAGGGAAGGGUUACGAAGAGGCUUGGGGAGCUCGUGCUUCUAGAGCAGCCUUUUAUUAAGGAUGACAGUGUCUUGGUGAAGGACUUGGUGAAGCAAAGUGUAGCUUCCAUUGGAGAGAACAUUAAAGUGAGACGUUUUGUUAAGUUCACUCUUGGGGAGAGUGCUGAAAAUGAAACAAAACCAGAACCAGAGGCAUAGAAUGAAGAGAAGUGCCAUAAAGCAAUGUAGCAAUUUACAAUAGCAUGUGAAGUUUGGUUUGGAUCAGGGUGAAACAAAUUUUGAAGAGAGCAAAUUUGUUUAUUCAUAAUAACCAAAUGUGCAAUCGGCAUGGACACAAUUUUCUUUUUACUAAUCUGUAUCUACAUUGAGAUACACGAGGACCAUAUAUUUUGUUAAUUAUGAGUUUGUAAGCUGAAAAUAUGAACUAGUUGAUGCAUUUCUCAAUUUUGAAUCAUCAGUUUCAAUAGUUCAUAAUCUAUAUUU